GAAAAUACUAGUCCAAUGGUGACAAUGAUGUUGUCCACUACUACUACGGGUUUGACAUCAGAUCCCAGUUUUAUGGAUAUUAUCCAAAGUACGGCAUUGUUUGCCAGUGAAAACUAUUUGUGGCUUAAAUCUAAUUAUAAGUUUCCCGACAAUACAUUGGAUGAUCUACGGGAAUGUGGCCAACGACUAGCCACUGCCGACUGUAUAGCGGUUGUUGUGUUGGCCAUCGGCUGGACUAUUGGCCGAUAUUUGACCAGUAAAUACAUAUUUAGGCCAUUUGCCCAAUCGAUUGGUUCAAAUAUUAGAAAAUUUUCCGAAAGUUCCUGGAAAGUUUCCUACUAUAUAUUUACCACUACAUUUCUCAUCUAUCUAUUGUUUGGUCAAAAUUGUUGCCAUUAUUUUACUGAAACCCAACAUAUUUGGUCAGACUAUUCAAUGGACGAUACGGUACCGACAAACGUACGGUUACUCUAUUUAGUGGAAAUCAGUUUUUAUAUACACUCUAUAUAUGCGGUACUUGUGUUGGACGAGUGGAGGAAAGACACAUUAGUUAUGUUCAGCCAUCAUAUCGUAACACUGGUACUGUUGGCCAUAUCAUUGUUGACUAGUGCCCAUAGAGUUGGUCUAAUUGUAUUACUAACACACGAUUCAUGCGAUAUAUGGCUAGAAUUGGGCAAAUGUUUGCUAACAAUGAAACACCUGACCGGACUCUAUGGACAGUUAGCUAAUAAGCUAAUUGGUUUGAAUUUUAUAUUAUUUGCCACCUCAUGGAUUAUCUGUCGGUUAUAUUGGUUUCCAUUGAAAGCUAUUUAUACGAGUGCUGUAUAUUUUACUGAUGAAAAUAACCAAAAAUUUCCGUUUAUGUUACUAUUGUUUACAAUGCUAUGGAUUAUACUAGCAAUGGAUAUCUACUGGUUUAUGUUAAUAAUAAAGGCAACAAUAAAAGUAAUAAUCGGCAAAUCAUAUAUUGAAGAUCCCAGAGAUUUGAAGACAUUAUCAUCAAAUGGUUACCACAAAACACAUCAAUAUUAA